AUGAACUUGUCGAAAACGCCUCUCAAGAUUAUUCGGAUUAGUUCCCUCGAGGAAGCUUACAGACUCGUCGACCUGGCUUGCGAAACCUUUGCAGACGAUCCUCUCUACGCUCUUGUGCUCCCAAAGCGCCUGGAACAGCCUGAAUGCUUCCGAGAGGCUUGGUCAACAAACUUCCUCGAAGAGUAUGGGAAGAAGGGGUCAGUUAUACUGGCGGCCAAGAGGGAAAGUGAUGGCGAAUUCGUCGCUUUUGCCGUUUGGGCGCGUUAUGGGACGAGCUAUGUCGCUCAGAGCUGGCAAGGAGAUACCUGGGACAAGAAACUCAUGAGACUUAAGAUGACACUGGGGAAUUUCUACGGAUCUAUUACUGGCGGUCCCGAUCCCAACCUUGUUUCAACAGAUGCUAUGAGCUUCCUAGUUGCUAGCGCAAAAGAGGCCGAGAAACUCUACCCUGCCGAGCGUUGGGGUCUUUCCUGGUUGGGAGUGUCGCCGAAAUGUCAACGGACCGGUAUUGGAAGACGUCUGGCACAAUGGGGUAUCGAUCGUUCUGAAGAGGAAGGGGUUCCUGCAGUGCUUGUCUCUAGCGAGUCAGGUAGACGGCUUUACGAGAAACUAGGAUUCAGGGAGAUCGGUCGAGCUGCUUAUGAUAAGGAUGGGAAUACUCAGCCGGUGAUGUUGCGGCCGGUGGAUGAUAAGGGGGGCGACACAGAGGGGGGAGAACAGUAG